ACGCAGGCCGUAACUACAGCAAUGACUUACAAGCGCGCGCGAUUAAUGUACGAAGUUAUUGCAACAGUUCUAUGCUUGUUUAUAUCUACAACUUCAAGUCUUAUAGAAAAUCCGAAAUUUGGCGAGCCCAUUAAAAAUGUUACCGUUCCUGUUGGAAGAGAGGCAAUUUUCACUUGCGUUGUAGAAGAUUUGGGAACGUAUAAGGUAGCAUGGUUAAGGGUUGACACGCAAACUAUCUUAACGAUCCAUAAUCACUUAAUUACGAAAAGUAGUCGUAUAUCCAUAACAAACAGUGAAAAUAGAACAUGGUAUUUACAUAUACGUGACGUACAGGAACACGAUAGAGGGUGGUACAUGUGUCAAAUAAACACGGAUCCCAUGAAGAGUCAAGUUGGAUAUCUUGACGUUGUUGUGUCGCCGGAUAUCCUGGACUACGCUACAAGUGCCGAUAUGGUCGUGGAAGAAGGCUCGAACGUUACACUUAGAUGUGAAGCUAAGGGGUAUCCUCACCCUCGCAUUACGUGGAGAAGGGAAGGUGGGGAGGAUUUGCAUCUCAGUCAUGGACUAUUAGGUUUAAUCGCGUAUGGACCAGUUUUAAGCAUUCAUCAUGCCAAUAGACAAGAUAUGGGGCCUUAUCUGUGCAUUGCAUUUAACGGAGUUCCUCCGUCUGUUAGUAAAAGGAUAAUGUUAAUUGUGAACUUUCCGCCAACUAUUCAAGUUGACAAGCAGUUACUUGGUACAUAUGACGGUUUUAGUGUAACAAUUGAGUGCCACUCCGAAGCUUAUCCUAAAUCCAUUAACUAUUGGACUAAAGACAAUGGAGAUAUAGUACCACAAAAUGAGAAAUUCUUUAUGGAAAAUUUCGAGAGCAGUAGCUACGGAGUACAUAUGAAACUCACAAUUCGUAAUACAACUCAGCCAGAUUAUGGCAGUUACCAGUGCAUAUCAAAAAAUAUCGUAGGUGAAGCGGAGGAAACCAUUCAAAUCUACCGUAACACGUACAAUUUCACAAUGAAGGACUCUUCUAAAAGUAGUAUAUACCACGCGGACCUCUCCCACAAAGGAUUUACAAUCUCCUAGACUCGCUAUUCCUUGGGGAUGGAUAUUACAACUCUGCGGAGUGCGACUACGUAAACCAGCUGCUCGUAGCGUCAACAUUUCUCCUUCUUACAUGGCCCCGAUCUACGCGUACAUCCAUCAAAUUGUAAAAUAUAUGUUACCAUAACGAAUUUUGAAUAUUUCAUGAUUUUGAGUGCAUUAGUACACAUAAAUAAAUGUUGUUGAGGGUGUAUAUUGACAAUUGACUGAUUGUGUUUGUGCUAUCUCUAACUGUCGACUUAUAUCUAGGUAGAUACUUCGCUAUUUUUAU